AUGUCCGUACCAAAUAAAUCUCUUGAUAAAAAUAAACGAUAUGCUGGCGUUAAAGCUAAUGAUUUUGUAAACAAAACUCGAGCAAGUGAAGCAAAUCGAUCAGCUGUUCGUCCUCAAGGAUGGGCAAAUUUAGGAAAAAUUAAUAAUCGACGAAUUCCACCACCAGCUAAUUUACCUAGUUUAAAAAGUGAAACAGGUGUUAAUUCACCUGCAUUUGAUCCAACAAUAACAACAAAUCAUGGUUGGACAUCGAAUGAAAAUUCAACAUCAAUGAAUUCUGUACCUAAUCCAACACAACAACAACUUGAUUCUUUACCAGUUAAUUCACCAACUCCACCACCACCACCACUUCUACAAUCAUCAUCAUCAAUAGAUGCUGAUAAAACUCGUAAUCCACCAACAUGGAGUACAAUAACAGCUGGUACAAAUCCAACUUCUACUGGACCAGCACCUAGUCUACUUGGAUUAAAUGAUUUUCCUCGUUUAGCAACAACAACAACAACAGAAGAUCGUAAAUCUCAAUCUGAAUCAUUAACAAAUAUUUCAAAUCCAACUUUUCGACCAACGAAUUUAGCUAUAUGGAAAGAAGGUGGUGGUAGUCGCGUUCAAUCUUUAUCAAAUGAUAUUCCACAAAAUAUGCCAAAUAAUCCUGGUGCUAAUUUCUACCAACAACAGAUGCCAAAUGUGAGAAUGUAUCCACCACAAAUGUGGGCAUAUGCUCCAUACCCUCAAAUGCCAUUAACAAUGCAUCAACAGCAACAACAACAACCGCCACCACGUGUUCAUACUUUAAAUGAUUAUAAAAGUCCAACAAUAUUACGAAAUAAAGAUAUUGAUGAUUUGUCAAAAAUAACCGAUAAUACAUGGGCAAAUGCUGCAUCUCAAGAAGUAAACUAUGAAGAAAAGAUUCGUUUUAGUGACGACGAAGAUGAACAUAAUCGUCGUGAAAUAAUCGAUUCAAAUAAUAAACCACGUCGAAUGAAACCACAAAUAUUACAACAUCAUCAUCCACGUUUAAUUCAAGAUGAUGAACAUCUUAAACAAAUGCAAGAUAAUAAAAAUUCUGAAUUAAUCAAUGCAUUAACUAUUGCAAAAAAACGACGUGAAGAACAAGAACGUCAUCUUAGAAAUGAACAUCUAAUAUCAAAUAUUGAUGAACAAAAACAAAUACCAGGAUAUCAAACACGUCCAUUAUUAACUUCAAAUGAACAAGAAAAUUAUAAUUCAUCAUCACCAUUAUGGCAAGCAAAUAGAGAUACAACUCGUACACGUCAUGAUACAGCUAAUAGUCAAUCAUCAUUUACUAUGAAAAGUUGGUCCGAUCAAAUGGAUUCUUUUAAUUAUACAUCUUUACAUGAAAAAUCUGGUGGUAGUCAUCUAGAAAAUGAAGAACCAUCGACAGCAAAUAAAUAUAGCCGGUCUCAAAGUGGAUCAAGUUCACAAUCUCAACAUGACAAAGAGCCAGUUAUAAGAAAAACUAAAAAGCUACUACUACUACCUUCGAAAAAACAACAACAAAAAACAAAUUCAAUUCAAACGAAAAAUUCUUUGAAAAAAUCUAAUAAAGUUGAUAGUACAGAUUAUUAUGAUAAUUCAAAUGAUCAAUGGGAUAAUUGGGACGAAUCAACAGAUAAUCAUCAACGACAUCGUCAACAAUUACAUUCAGAUGAUCUUUCAACACAAAAACCAAAUCGUUAUAAUAAACAACCAACAUCAACAAUAAAAACACGUAAUAAUGAUCGACAACAAACAAAUUCACGUUUUAAACAAAAUUCAUCGACAUUAAAUAAAACUAACGAUAAUAAAACUACUACUAAUAAUAAUAAAACUCAACCAGUAUGGCGUCCAUUAUCUCCAAAUCGACCAACAGAAGCUAUUGAUCCAACACCACAAGAAUCAAUGAUAUAUAAAUCUCAACAACAACAACAACAACAAAUAAAUGAUCCUCGUCGUCAGUCAGAAUCUUAUCAACAACGAACAAAUAUUAAUGAUCAUAAACAACAACGAUAUCAAACAAUAAAUACAGCAUCUAUACCACCAUUAAUGAGCGUACGGUCUGAUGUAAAUACAACUGCGAAAUUAUAUAAAACUGCUAAUCAUACAAAUUCAUCACAUUAUGAGGAUGAAAAUAUGUAUUAUGAUUCAAAUUUACAAACCCAUCAACGUUAUAAUCAUUCGAAUGCACAUAAUCGAGGAUAUACAACAUUAGGUUCAUAUGGACGUUAUAGACGAAGUGGAACAGUUCGUCAUCAACAACAAUAUACAACUUAUAAUACAAAUAAUACAUCUGGUAUAUCAUCGGCACCUACAACAAAUAAUGGAGCACGACAGAAAAAGAAUCCUACAAAUCGUACAAAUACAAAUAAUAAAAAAACGAGCCAAUCAUCUGAACAAACAAAACCAACGGUUAUUGAUGAAACGAAUUCUUCAUUAGAGAAACUGAAGAUAACUAAUGAAGAAGUACCAAUGAAGAAACCCAAUGAAACAGCUGUAUUAACUCCAACUACAGAAGUGUUGCCAAAAGAAAUUGGUAAAUCAAAUGAUUCCGGUAAUGGUAUAUCAGAUGAAAAAGUUGCAAUAAAAAAUGAUAAUGAAACUAAUGUUGUACAAACAGAAAAUGAAUCAACAAAAAUAAAUAAAAAAACAACUACAACAACACCGUCAUCAGCGAAUACUAAACGACGUACAAAUAAAGAUCAACAAAAUUAUCAUCAAGAUCAACGAUAUCAAAAUCAACAAGCUCCACGUCAUAGAAAUAAUUAUGCACGAGCAAUGCAAGAAUAUGAUACAAUGCAAAUGUCUGGUACACAUAAUUAUUAUGGUUCAGUUCGUCGAGCAGCACAUGGUGGUGGUGGUCGUAAUUCACAUACACAUGAUCUAUCCAGUAAUUAUUAUUAUGAACAUCCUCAACAACAUUAUAAUAAUCGUUACAAUUAUUCGAAUGAACAUUAUCAACAACAACGUCCAACAAAUAAUAAAAAUUCUAAACGUGGUGGUGCAUCAAUUGUACAAAAUCAACAACAAAGACAACCCAUAGUCAAUGGAAGUGGUGGUGGUGGUGGUAGUAAUAAUAAUAAUAAUAAUAAUUUUCGUCAUCAUUCAAUAAGUGAUAAUGAUCAAAAAGAAGGUGAAGAAUGGGAAACAGCAUCUGAAUCAAGUACAAAUAUGCGUAAUGGUCAUUAUGAUAAUAAUGGAAUAAAUAAUCAACAAACAAAUGAAACAAAAUCAGUUAAUCGUGGUCGAACACCACCUAAGAAAAGUUUUUCCAGUCAAAGACCAAAUGCGCGUCAGAUUUUCAAAUAUACGAAUGCAUGA